CUUGAAUCUGUCUUCCCUUCUCCUCUCCCGACUACAUCAAGCGAGUUUCGGACCUAACCAAAACAUUAUCGAUUUUUUUAUUUUGCCAAUCGUGAGUCUGUAUCAGUCAGUUGAAUUUGUUUUGCAAAAUUCUUUUCGUUUUUAGUGAAGUAAUUUUAGAUUAAAAUGGAAUUUAGCAACACCGGUGGAAUGAGAAGUCCAUUUUCUCCGCGAGUGAGACAAUCUAUUACUGGCAGAAAACCCCUCGGCAUGACUGCGAGGAAAAAUCAAGGGAAAUUUUUACAAAGUCAAAGUUCGAGUGGUGAUGUGAUCUACAAGACUCCAGUAAGCACAAUAGAAACAUAUGGCUCACCUUUACCAGUUAUGGUCACAGAAACACUUACUUUUGCUAGUGGUGAAUUAAGUGUACGUCUGUCGCCUUGUGGCUGGUGCUGGUUAGUUGCUGGACGACGGGUGGUCGCAUGGCCUCGAGAGUCCACCAGUAGUGGCUUAUCAUCGCCCGCACCAGCUGGAGCACCACCAGCUGCUCGAGAAUUGACAUUACCGCAAACAGAUUUAGCACAUAAGGCUGAUUUGGUAGAGUUAUUCUAUGAAGAUGGGGCACAGAUGCCAUCAUGUGUAGGCGUUUCGCCAGAGGGCUUGGUUCGGUACUGGUGGUCUGUCGGCCACGAGAGCGCCUCUGUUGACGUAUCAUGCGAUCUCGCUGGCCAAGAGUGUGACCGUCUUGUUGCCACUUCAGAAUACCUGCUAUUAGCUACUACUACUUGUUCGGUAGUGCUGCUGCAUCCACAGAGACAUGAGGGUCGAGCUACUGUGACCUGUCGUGUGCUACGUCCACCAAGCGGCUGGCUGGGAGGCAUUGGGCGUCGCGUUUCUUUACUCUUCUUUGGCUCGAUGCCUGCUCAUGCGGAUACUAAAUUGGUAGGCGUAGUAGUACUAUCGGAAGGAACACUCGAUGCCACCGAAGAGGGGGACAGGGAAGGCCGCGUAGUCCUAGUGGGUGGUGGGGGCAACACUGGGGGCGGGCCUCUGAUACAAGUGUGGACUGCGGGAGAAUUGCACGAGCACAGUCUACGUAGGCCGCUCACUGAAGCACACGCAAGACAUGGUGACUUGAGUGGAGCAGAACUGAUUGCUUUGGAUGUGCGCGCCAGUGGCAACAACGGUUUACUGCUGUUGCUAGCAGCUGAUCGCAGAUACGCUAUAGCGCACAUAUCUGUGGAAGACCCAGCUAAUCCGCGCGUGACGUCACUGGUCCCCUUACGCAACUGGCCGUGUGACGUCGAACAACCACCGCCGCGAUUCCUGCCGCUCGGACCUCUCGCUCUGUUAUAUACACCUGCCUACUUAGCCCUGGUUUCUAGCACAGUGUCUAGCGACAAGGUGGAUAUAAUCGACGUAUCCGCGGAAGGUGACCGCGUGCUAGGCGCGGAACUUUGCGAUGGAGUGCCGCUCAUAUUCAGCAGGAAACACGGCGUUUUGGCUCUGUCCACUGCUGAUAGCCUGGUACCCACUCCGUCAGUAUGCGACAGUCCAAUGGGCUCGCCGUGUCCGUCUGAUAUGUACGAUGGCAAUUUAUCUCUAUACGAAAUUGAUCCACACGAGGUGAGCUCAGUGACGACAGAUCUAUGCGGCCAAUUGAAGGCCGCUUUUUUGUUCUACGUGCGGCGUGAAGAAGCCGCUUGUCGCUCCAUGCUUCAACAACUGCCUACCGCGGCGCUGCCCACAAACGCUGUGACUAUCGCCGCUGAUAUGCUGGACGAUGCGCCCGCUGGCGAUCCUAGAUGGAAAUCUCGCGUAGGCGGACUUCGAACUCGCAUACCUCUAGGCAGUAGCACGGCGCUAGCGCACGCGCAACAACUGCGGGACAAACAGCGGGCAUUGGCAUUGUUCAGAGACUUUCUACGGGCGCAAGGAGCUUUACAUGAACCGGGAGAGAGUGGUAAAAGCACAGCCCAAGAGCUGUGUUCGUUAGCCGAGAAACUUGCGAUGGCUAUCGCACUAAGACGCCUUCAAGACGGCAGCGAUGCACAGCUGAUUACCGCCGCUAUACAACAGGUCGUAUGCGGCGAUAACAACGAAGUGGAAGAAGAGCCGGAAGUGGAAGAAGCUCUAUCGUCCGGUGCUCUGUCUCCCUCUGACGUAUGCUACAGACGCGUGACGAAGAUAACGCGCGUAAUUCGCGCCAUUGCCGCCAGUGCACAUUCGCAUUCGCACCACGACGCGAGAUCGGCCGCUUUGCAUGCCGCCGCUGCUAUCAACAUUGUUAAUAAUGUAUUGGGAGAGGCUCACAAAGCGCGUGCGCAAUGGUCAGAAGGGCCUUCCGCUGGUUUGCCUCGCGAAUUGAUGCCGCCCAUUGUGCAACUCGUGCGUCGUGCGCUCACGCAAUCGGCCCACAACUGCCCAGACGCCACUGCUCGCUGGCAGGUAGUGGAAGCGGCUGCUUCGCUCGCUGACCGAGCGCUCUCCGAUCGCUCGCCUGCACCGCACGCUUUACGAAGGGACCUAAUACAGCCGUUUGUGGAUGAAGGUUUGAUAGAACGCGCCGCUGUAUUAGCUGAGAAGUUUAAAGACUACGAGAUGCUGAUUGAAAUGUGCAUCAACAACAAUGAUCUUGAAAGACUAUACUCCUAUAUUGAAAAAUAUUCUAAUGAGGGCGUGGCGGAGUUAUCGUUCGCCCGCAUAGUGGAGCGCGGGGGUGCGUUAGUCCCGCAGCUGUUGCGCUGCACGCGGCCCGGGGUGGCGCCGAGGUUGCACGCGUGGCUGCGAGCGGUGCCGGGGCGCGCAUCUCUAUUGGCGUUGCAUCGGAUGGCGGCGGGCGAUGCUGCUGCCGCGGCGCCGGCUUUGGCUCAACUGGCGGCGACCGAGACCGACUCCGUGGGUAGAAUGACGACAAUGGCAUCACUUGCCAAACUAUGUCUUCUGGCGUCAGACGAGCCGGAAUCUCAGACUUCUGAUCUGCGUCGUAAGAUCGAGUCUAGUUUGUCACUAGCGGAGCAACAUACUGCUUUGCCGCGCGACAUUCGUGUACAUAACGGACUAGACGCUGAAGACACGAAAGUUAUGCAGCCAGAAGAACUUAUCCAGAUGUAUAUUGAAUCGGAGAGCAAAAACCUUACGGAGUACGACAUGAAAAAAGCCCUGGACCUCACCGACUAUGUUCGAGAUAUGGAGCAGCGAGAUGAUCUACGACUUAGGGUAUGGUGCUCGUGUAUACGGCGCGACGAUUGGUCUUCUUGUUGCGUGGACGAACCGGAUGCGGCCCUACGAGAAAAAAUGUUCUUCCGUCUCAUAGAACUUGUUCACAUAAUGGGUGGUGACUUAGAACUGCUUUUACCGCCGGCCGAGGACAUUCUAACAGCGCGGGAACUCGCAGAACUUGGUUCCGAUUCUCGAUUCCAUUUCCUCAUCAAAUACGGCUACCAAUGUAUGCACCAAGCCGCGAUGGUGGAAUAAAUCUUUACAUCUACGUUAUAUUAUUAGAGGUUGGAGAAAAAGUUUCUUCGCAUUUAAUAUGUAAAUUCAAAACAUUUUGUUAAUAAAGUUUAUUUACAUUUAACUAAAGUAUGUACGUGCCAUUUUGUUUGAUAACUUUUUGCCAGCUUGUAGGUAGGGACAUGAUCCCAUUGCUAUAGAAAUUUUGGGGCUUCUGAUCAAAAAACCAUAAAAGUGGUUUUGGCAGUCCUCUUGUGAUGUUAACCUGACACUGCCCUAAGAAUUCUGAAGAGACAUAAAUAGGUAGAAAUCUGAAGGUGCAAGGUCAGGACAAUACGGCGGGUGCAUUAUAAUCUCCCAGUCAAACUCUUAAUUUUGGUGAGUGGCUAAAGAUGUGUGUGUGAUCUAGUGUUAUCAUGAUGAAAAACCACACCCCUUCUGUUGAUUAAUUGCGGCCUCUUUCUCUCAACUUCUUGCUUUAAUAUCAUCAGUUGUUCGGUAGUAGAGUUCGGAAUCGAUGGUCCUGCCUGGCGGUAACAUCACAAUGAAUAAUGCCCUUCCAAUCCCACCAUACACACAGCAUCACCUUGUUGCGAGUUAAUCCGGGAUUCGUAAGAGUUUGGGAAGCCUGAUCGGCCUUUGCCUACGACCAUUUUCGCACGUUCUUUUCGUACGUGAUCCACUUUUCAUCGCCAGUUAUCAGCUUCUUCAAAAAUGGUUCUGUUUCAUUACGUCGUAAUAAAGAAUCACAAAUGAGUACACGGUCCAUCAGGUUUCUUUCAGUGAGCUCGUGAGGCACCCAAAUAUCGAGCUUUUUGUUUACCCAGGCUUUUUCAAAUGCUCUAAAACUGUUUUUUGUUCAAUUCCCAGUUCUUCAGCUACGUCGUAACUACUGAGAUGCCGAUCCUGCUCCACUUUUUCAAAAAUGACAUCCAUUUUAUCCGUAACAGGGCGACUAGAGCGACGUGCAUCUUUGACAUCAAAAUUUCCGGAUUGAAAACGCUUAAACCCAAUUUGUGCUACUCUUAACACUGCACUAGAUCCAUAAACAUCACAAUUUUUUUUCGCGGCUUGCCUGUAGUAAAAUUCUCAAAAUGUA